CAAUCAAAAUCACCCAAAAAACAAAAUAAAAAACAGUAGCAGUGAAGAUGAAAACUUCUAACACUAUCCUCAUCUUCUUCACCCUUUCUCUCCUUUUCUCCUCUUCUUUCGGAGCCGUCCAAGACUUUUGCGUGGCGGACCUCUCUGGUCCUCAAGGCCCCGCUGGCUACUCCUGCAAGAACGCGAAUAAGGUUACGGUAGACGAUUUCGUCUACCACGGCCUCGCCGCCAAGGGCAACACCACCAACAUCAUCAAGGCCGCUGUAACCACUGCCUUCGACAGCCAGUUUCCGGGUGUAAAUGGCCUAGGAAUCUCGUUGGCACGUGCUGACUUGGCCCCUGGUGGUGUUAUCCCGUUCCACACGCACCCAGGAGGCACGGAGAUCCUAAUCCUGCUGGAAGGAACACUUUGUGCCGGUUUUGUUUCCAGCUCGGCGAACCAAGUGUUUUUCAAGACACUUAACAAAGGUGAUGUUAUGGUUUUCCCGCAAGGGCUUCUUCAUUUCCAACUCAAUUCAGGUAAAGGCGAAGCCUUGUUCUUUGUUGGAUUCAAUAGUCCAAACCCGGGUCUUCAACUUCUCGACUUCGCUUUGUUCAAGAACAAUCUUCCCACCGAGUUGGUCGCCGCCGCUACUUUCCUAGAUGUUGCGCAGAUUAAGAAGCUAAAGGGUGUUCUUGGUGGAACUGGAUAAGCUAUAAUGUUAGUUUGAUUCUAGCUAGCUAGAGAGAGAUACCAUUUUUAAUUAAUUUUAUUUCAUGUUUAAUGUCUCGUAAUUUACUGUCUCUUUGGCUACGUACCAUUGUUUUGUCAUUUUAUAUGUUCGUUGGUUUCUUUGUUUUGGUUUGAGAAGGACCCUGCAAAUGUUGAGUGCUUCUUUCUCCUCUUCUUCAUGAUGUUGGUGCUUCUUUAAUAUUCAAGUAGUGCUGUUUUUUUGUACGAAUGUAUGGCAAUUUGUUGGGUUAGUUUCGAUGUAAUUGUAUGUUAUUGUUGCAAUGUGCUAGCUCUAUUAUCUUUUUUUA